CAUCACACGACGGUUGAUUUACAAAUGGUCCAGUGGGACCUAAGGCUCCUUUUAUAGCGCGCCUUCGUGUUUAAGUUUGGUUGACCCUAAGUGACAAAACAUGGGUUGUCCACGUCAGCUUAUUUCACGAUACAGUUCGUUGUUUGAAGUCCCCCUGGGAUCUCCGAGAGCGGGAGGGCCUUGAAGUAACCGAGGAGGAAAAGAAAUAGCCUGGAAAAAGAGAAUCCAUCACUUAGUUAGUCCUCCGUUGAUUCAACUUUAUGGCAUUCUACACCCCAGCAGUGCGGGAAAGAAAUAAAAAGCUCUUUCCCUGGUGGAUUUUCAAUUGAAAAGACUUCGUUCAGUGGAGCAACGACGAAAGAGUGGUAAACCGUCUAGUAUUAUGACAGUAGUUUAGUAUCAAAUAUCUAACCAUCAUACUGAGAAGCAAGUCAUGAAAGUUAUCAUAAAAAAAAAAUUAGAUAUUCCAUUAUCUUAUCAAAAUGGAUUCUUGUCACUAGUGUGCAAAUUCAGCAGAUUUGGUAAAUAAAGGAAAUUUACUAUGUCUUAGGAGUUAAUGUUUUGUCCUUAGAAGAAUGAGGUCGAGUUUGAAUGUUUAUGGAUUAUUGUGCGAGACGCAGAAGCUAAAUAGUUACGGCAAUUAAUUACUAAGAGAGAGGCAUGGGUCCAAAGCUGAGGCCAAGUCAGCGUGACUGCAUUUCUGGACCAGAAUCUUUCAGCGAUUCUCUUCAUCCAGGAUUCAUUAUUAUCCCCGCAAAAUGCACACGAGUCGGUCACGUUUAGUGCAAAUUGACAUAAAACAAUGAUUAAUUUAAGCUCAUCGACGACAGCUUCUUGAUUCUUUUCCUAAAAAUUUGAUGGGAUAAAGUACAAUUAGGCACGAAAAUCAGCCUCAGCGGGAAAGUUUUGCAAAUUGCAUGCAGCUAAACGUUCAAAAUAUAACAAAAAAAACAAGAGCGAAUACACCUUUUUCAAGUACCUACGAAACUGUAUCGGAAAGGACGAAGAAAACAGUUCUGGAUAAAUGGAGACCAAUAGUUGAAAAAGGAUAAAAAAAACAAAAACAAAAAAAAAACAAUAAAAAAAAAAGGAAAAACCAGCGGGAAUGAUAAUGUACUUACAAUCAAAAUUAUAUAAAGAUUGUUAUUAAAGAUAACAAACAUACGAGAAACUUGAGGAGCACAUGACUUCUUCAUCGCUAGAUCUGAAUUUCAAUUUUUCGAUCAUUCCGUGAUACUAUGAUUAUUUCCAAUAUUUUCAAUUUUUUACAUCACCACCUACAUAAACGUAUAUUGAUACUGUAAAAAAGAGUUCCCCAUGAGAUCACUCUUGGAAGCUAGUAGACCACGGAGUUAAAGGAGAAUAGUCACUUGGGAAAGUAGGUGGAAGCGACCAGCUUAAAGUUAUGCCAUGGUUCCGGUGUCUCAUUUCCGUGAUUUCGUCCCAGCAAUCCAGAUUUUACUAUCCUGCUUACCAGAUUUCUCUCGUCCCAAACUAUGAGAAGUCUCGCCAUUUCCAGCCUUUGAAGCAGAAGUCAUUGCUUCAAUUCGCCAUAAACAUUUCACAGUUUCCAAAUUUUAAAAUAAUUUGGGUAUCCACACUGAGAAAAUGAAGAUUCUGUUUAUGGUCCAGGAAUAACUGUAGGAGGAGAUAAUGUCGAAACUCCCAGUUAAGCGGGUAAACAGAACAAUCGAGGCUGACUCCCUUCACUUGGCCCUAGCGAUGUGGAUGGAAAUGUUCCCAGAUGACACUGAGGAAGAGCUCACCUCAGCAAAUAGCGAGGCGCAGUCGACGAAAGCUGGUACAAAAACUCCCGCAACAACACAGAUAUUCCGUAAGGUUGGUUGUGCCCUUGUGGAAGGCAAUGGCCACCUUAUUGCGAUUGAUCGCAGCCGUGAUGGGGUACAUGGAUUGGCCGGUUUGCUGGUGAAACAUCACGACAGUGCUAAGGGUUGCAGUGUCUUUAUCUCAAGAAAACCCUGUACCUAUUGUGCUAAACUCUCCUUGAGGGCAGGCGUGACUAAAGUGUCGUAUCCGCCGGUCGAACCCGAAUAUCACGAGACGAGGAAGGAAGAAAGUCGAGUGGAGGCUCUCUUUGAUGCCGCCCAAAUCGUUCAAAGUGUUUUUGUUCCCCAGUUAAAGAAGGAAUUAGUAACAACGGUCGAAGAAGAGUUAUCCGCUAAAGCAACAUCUCUCAGUGAUAUUCCUGACUUUGUUGAAAAGUUUUCUAACAGAUUUUGGAAUGACGAAUACGCGAAGCGUGUCAUCGAGGGCCCCUUCCAACAAGCGAAACACGAUCUCGAAAACCUUUCGAAAUGGUUGGCACAAAUUUAUCUUCCUUUGAAACAUUCUAAGUUUCAACUUGCUACCCAACACAUGGCAAUUCCUUCGGAGAAAGUAACAAAUACGUUUGAUCCCGAAAAUGAUUUACGCCAGCGACAAAUUGCAAAUCAUAUUCUGGCGUUGGCAGGAAUGACAGUGCAGCACACUGUGGAGCCGAAAACAGGGGUCGGCUGUGUCAUCAUGAAGAACAAUGAUAUAGUAGCAGUUGCUUGGAAUGAUUUUCCUUCUAAAUCGAUCGAGGAAAGUUUUCAUUAUGCAACGGAUCAAGAGAGAGACACGAAAUAUCCUUUCUUCAUUCACGCAGAACAAAACGCUCUUCUCGGGUGUAACGCAACAGAUGUCACGGGGAGUGUAAUUUUUGUCACGAAAAUUCCCUGUCACGAGUGCACCCCUCUGGUGAAGGUUGCUGGGAUAGAAACAGUGGUGUUAUCAACACCACUUCAAUCAGUUCAAGAAAAGUACCGCCUGAAUUAUGACAUUUUUCGAGAGGAGGUAGAGAGAGGAACUUUUCUUUGCUUUGAAACAGUAACAGGGAACGUAUCCUAGGAACCUAAAUUUAAUUAGAGAACUGUCCCAGACGGUCGUAGUUUAGCUUACAUAACAGGAGCUUCUUGAGCCGAGCGCAAAGCGGGAGACAUUAAGUGCGUAGCGCGAGAUGCGACCGCGGGGCAUAAGACGACGGAAAGAGAAACGGUAACCAGUUACUUUUUUUCGCAGCUCGCGCUACUCGCUUGAUGUCACACACUUCGCGCUCCGCUAAAUAAGAGCCUGUUAUGCAGGCUAAUCACAGUUUUCAGGCGGUAUUUAUCACUUUUUUGGUCGACCGAAAUAAGAAUCAAGUUCGAUAAUUGACAAGUUCGAAGUUUGAAUUGGGCCUAACUUGAACCACCCGUUAAUUUACGCGGUUCACUGUGUUGCAGACACUACUUGGGAGCAGAAGAGAAUAAAAAGAAUAACCUUUAUCCUAAUUCUUCGAUCUUAAUCUAUUUCACAAGCGUGUUUUCCUCUUUACAGUACAGCUCGCAGUUCUCUUUGGAAGUUACCUCAAUCCCCGUCUACUAAUGAGCUUUCGCGACCUAAUGCUGGAAAGUCCAGCUGUACGUGCACGUGGGAAUGUUUUUAACCCUUAACUCCCAGGAGAGACCGAGACAGAAUGCCUCUCUUCAAUAUCGAUAUUAUAUCAAGAAGACAAGUGAUUACUGAGAUUAAAGAAAAAUAUCAAUUAAGGAAUCAUAAAUUGAUUUAAUAUCAAACUCUCCUCACUAACAUCAUGACAAUUGUAUAACAGACAGUAAGGAGAAUUAAUUUGGAUAUAUCAACAAAGUUGAAAUGGUAAAUUGGCCACCG